UUCUAAGCACUCAGGGUUGAUCCUCGUGUCGUGAGAGAAGCGUUUCGUACUGCUUGUACCGACUCGCACGCACCGCCUCUCGGGAUGCUCUUUCAGUCUUUGUGCGCUGGUCAAAACGAAGAAAACCUUGGCAGACCGCCGCCUCCUCUUCUUCUUUAUCCAUGGAUCGCCACCGCCUCCUUUUCUUCUCUAUCCAUGGGUCGCCACAUAUUGCCACUGCCGGAACUUUCCAGCCUCUCCCACCACCAGGACCACCGGCGCCACGCUGCAGCAUGAGGGUUGGAUCCACGAGGUGGCAUGGUUGUCCAACACCGCGUCGGUGAGGUGGUGAUGGCGAUCCGGAUCGAUGCAGAGAUGAAGCCUCUUCUCGGUGCCGACGACUUGGGCCUUCACGGGGGUCUCUGGCCGUCGUCGGGGAUGAGGUCGGGCAAGGGGGGCGAGAUCGCACAUCCUUUCCAUCGCCUCUGCACGUGCCCUCAACUGUAUCACACCUGUGGGCUAUGGCAUGUGGUUCCUCACGAGAGCGCCGCAGAGUCCCUCGCCGCCACCAGGACUUGGAGUUCCUCGCCGCCACCACCACCACCCGUAGCUUGCAAGUGCCACCAGGAGCCCGACGAACUGAGGUCUUUGCCGCCGGCAGCCUGGAUGCCCAGACUCCACCGCCGGAAACACGGACGCCCGGAAGGCUCCUCCGCCGGCGCCCACCGAUCUGCACGGCCAUGCGCCGCCGUUCUCCCCCGGCGAGCGCGCCGCCGCUGCUCCUCCCCCGACGAGCGCGCCGCCGCUGCUCCUCCCCCGACGAGAGCACCUCCUGCUCCUCCCCCGGCGAGUGCGCCGCUGCUGCUCCUCCCCCGGCGAGCGCGCCACUGCUGCUCCUCCCCCGAUGAGCGCGCCGCCGUUGCUCCUCCCCCGACGAGCGCGCCGCCGCUGCUCCUCCUGGCGUGUGCGCCGUCUACUCCCCAUCCAGCUGUUGCCGGCGGGGGGAGGUAUUGGUGGAGAUGGGCAAGUAGAUUUGGGGGCAGCAGACAUAAUUUUUUUGUUGGUUUUACUGUUAACUAUUGUUGUUAAUAUUUUGGAGAUUUGUUGUAAAUAUAUUUUAUGCUAUGGGAAGUUUUUUUGUUGUAAAUUUGUUGUGGAUUGUUGUUGUAAACACCUAAAUUAUUUUGUGGUUUGUUU